GGCCCGCAGCGGGACAGACCCACCCGCCCAGGCUUUUAUCAGGCACCGGCAGCGUCUUCCUUCCCUCCCCGGUCUAUGGUGGCGGCGGCGGUGGCGGCUCCUCGGGCGGCAGCGGAAGACGAGGCUGCGGCGUUGCCAUGAACAGUGGCGGCGGCCUCCCGCCCCCCUCGGCCGCCGCCUCCCCUUCCUCCUCCUCGCUGGCGGCGGCAGUGGCGGUGGUGGCCCCGCCGGGGGUUGGGGGUAUCCCCGGCGGGGCGGCCGCGGGAGUGAAGCUGAAGUACUGCCGCUACUACGCUAAGGAUAAGACUUGCUUCUACGGGGAGGAGUGUCAGUUCCUGCAUGAGGACCCGGCCGCCGGAGCUGCCCCGGGCCUCGGCCUCCAUAGCAACAGCGUCCCCCUGGCUCUGGCGGGCGCGCCUGUGGCCGCCUUUCCGCCCGGAGCGGUCCCGGGCGGGGGAGCCGGGCCGCCCCCGGGGCCCAAGAAGCCGGACCUAGGGGGUCCCGGUGCCGGAGCCGCAGCCGGAGGAGGAGGCAGCAGCGGAGUACUCGAUGGACCGCGGCUGGCAAUUCCUGGAAUAGAUGGAGGUGCUUUAACUGAUACCAGUCUCACAGAUUCCUAUUUCAGCACCAGCUUUAUUGGAGUUAAUGGAUUUGGAAGCCCAGUGGAAACAAAAUAUCCCUUGAUGCAGAGAAUGACUAAUAGUAGCAGCUCCCCAAGUCUUCUAAAUGACAGUGCCAAGCCAUAUGCAGGCCAUGAUCCUCUAACUUCACCUGCUUCAUCCUUGUUUAAUGAUUUUGGUGCCCUCAACAUCUCUCAGAGGAGAAAGCCAAGGAAGUAUCGCCUGGGGAUGCUGGAGGAGAGGCUAGUUCCGAUGGGAUCAAAGGCACGAAAAGCAAAGAACCCUAUUGGCUGCCUUGCUGACAGGUGUAAAUCAGGAGUACCCAUCAAUAUGGUUUGGUGGAACAGAGUCACAGAAAACAAUUUACAGACACCAAAUCCUACUGCAAGCGAGUUUAUUCCUAAAGGAGGAUCAACCUCCAGGCUGAGUAACGUGUCCCAGUCAAAUAUGUCUGCCUUCUCUCAAGUGUUCUCUCACCCAUCCAUGGGAAGUCCUGCUGCUGCUGGAUUAGCACCAGGAAUGUCCUUGUCUGCUGGAUCUUCCCCUCUUCAUUCUCCCAAGAUCACUCCACAUACUUCUCCUGCUCCCAGAAGAAGAAGUCACACUCCAAAUCCAGCAAAUUACAUGGUGCCUUCUAGUGCCUCUACACCUGUUAAUAAUCCUGUUUCUCAGACUCCAUCUUCUGGUCAGGUGAUCCAAAAGGAAACUGUCGGUGGGACGACUUACUUCUAUACAGACACAACCCCAGCACCUUUGACUGGAAUGAGAUCUUUCAAAAAUUAUCACAGAACAGCUUGCCGAACAGAAGGUCAAAUAAUUGAGGUAUUUCCAAACUAUCAUAUUUAUCCUCCAACUGCACCUCAUGUUGCUUAUAUGCAACCAAAAGCGAAUGCACCUUCCUUCUUCAUGGCUGAUGAACUCCGACAGGAGCUGAUUAACAGGCAUUUAAUAACAAUGGCUCAAAUCGAUCAAGCAGAUAUGCCAGCAGUCCCUACAGAAGUUGACAGCUACCAUAGCCUGUUUCCUCUAGAACCACUGCCACCACCCAAUCGGAUACAGAAAUCAAGUAAUUUUGGAUACAUUACAUCUUGCUACAAAGCUGUAAAUAGCAAAGAUGAUCUGCCAUAUUGCCUUCGGAGGAUACAUGGUUUUCGUCUUGUUAACACGAAGUGCAUGGUGUUGGUUGAUAUGUGGAAAAAAAUUCAGCACUCAAAUAUUGUAACCUUGCGUGAAGUAUUUACCACUAAAGCAUUUGCAGAGCCUUCUCUUGUGUUUGCAUAUGAUUUCCAUGCUGGAGGAGAGACUAUGAUGAGCAGACACUUUAAUGACCCCAAUGCUGAUGCCUAUUUCACAAAGAGAAAAUGGGGUCAACACGAUGGACCAUUGCCCAGACAGCAUGCAGGAUUAUUGCCAGAAUCUCUUAUUUGGGCAUAUAUUGUCCAACUGAGUUCUGCAUUGCGUACCAUUCACACAGCAGGUUUGGCAUGUCGAGUUAUGGACCCAACAAAGAUUCUGAUAACUGGCAAAACAAGGUUGCGAGUAAAUUGUGUUGGAGUUUUUGAUGUUUUAACAUUUGAUAACAGUCAGAAUAAUAAUCCAUUGGCAUUAAUGGCUCAAUACCAGCAAGCAGAUCUGAUAUCAUUAGGAAAAGUUGUGUUGGCUUUGGCUUGCAACUCUUUGGCAGGAAUUCAGCGAGAGAAUUUACAGAAAGCCAUGGAACUGGUGACAAUCAACUACUCCUCUGACCUGAAGAAUCUGAUUUUGUAUUUGUUGACUGACCAAAACAGGAUGCGAAGUGUAAAUGACAUCAUGCCCAUGAUUGGUGCUCGAUUUUAUACUCAAUUGGAUGCUGCUCAAAUGAGAAAUGAUGUCAUAGAGGAAGACCUUGCAAAGGAGGUUCAAAAUGGAAGACUGUUUAGGCUUCUAGCAAAAUUGGGAACAAUCAAUGAGAGGCCGGAGUUUCAGAAGGAUCCUACCUGGUCGGAGACUGGAGACCGUUAUCUUUUGAAACUCUUUAGGGAUCAUCUUUUCCAUCAGGUGACAGAAGCGGGUGCUCCUUGGAUUGACCUCAGUCAUAUCAUUUCUUGUCUUAACAAGUUAGAUGCUGGUGUGCCCGAAAAAAUAAGCCUCAUUUCCAGAGACGAGAAGAGUGUACUUGUGGUGACUUAUAGUGACUUAAAGCGCUGCUUCGAAAACACUUUUCAAGAACUGAUUGCAGCUGCAAAUGCACUGAAUGUUUUACUAGCACUGGGUGCUCAACCAUGCAACUCUGAAGAAAAUGUGGAAACUCAAAAGGUCAGGAAAGACUUCCAAGCACUUGCAACUGAUGUUACGGUCUUCAAUUUUAAUAAUUACACAUAUUUGUAGUUUUCAGAGAAGUUUUUAAUAUUUCUCUGUCCACUUUUUAUAAGCUUUAAAACGAUUUUCUCUGCCUUGAGAUUUGCAUCAAGAAAAAACACCUCUCCUCACCUGAAAGCUUUGAAGACUAAAGACACGCUUUACACAUUUUAACAAGUGUGUUUGAGUCCACGUUUGGUAGCAUCAGUUGUUGAGUUAAAAAGAGAAUCAAUUAUUGCAUUUGAUCUGGAUGGAUUUUAAAAGAACAUAAUGUUCAAUAUUCAAAGGAUAAUUAACAUUUGCCACCAUAAUGUUCUUUUUUAUGUGAAAGGAACAAGAACUUGGAGACAUUAACAUGCAAGAGUCUUUUAUCAUUAGCUCAUGUAUUUGAGGAAGAGCAGCUGUCUUUUUAUAUGUUUUUUGACAAAUCAUAUUGUAAUUCUUUUGUACAAAAAAGAACUACUUGUAUUCUAGAAGAAAUAUGAAAUGCUUAAUUUAUAAGCGGGCUGGAGAUUUUUUCCAAUAUUGUUUUCUUUGAAAAUGAAAGGGGAUCAUCUAUUUUAGUUUUGGGGUCUGGGAACUUUUUGAAAAUUUAAUUUGUGGACCAAUGUUUUGUGAAAGCUAAGGAAGGGCAGGGGUAAAAUAGGGCUUGAAUUUCUCAUCCUGUAUAGACCAGCAAACUUCCCUCUGCAAGGCAGGUUCAAAUCACAAACCCAAGAAUGUUUGCAUCCUAAGUGCUAGUUUGCUUCAGCCCCUAGUAACCUCAGGACUUGGUUUGAAUAUAAAGGUAGACAGCUGAUAUGUUUUCAUGAGUAAAUAUUGUCGGCCAGAAAACAGUUGGUGUCAGGUAAUACAUAUUUUUUUUAAGCUUUGUUUUAUAUUUAUUUUUCAUUUAGUUUUUAUUGGGAAUGGUUUUCAGUAGAACUCUUAGUUCUGCUUAGGUGUUUUUUGGGGGAGCCCUCUUUUCCAUAGUGUAAUUCCAUUUAAGAGGUUGUCUAAAAGUUAGUCUUUUUAAUUCAUAGGAAGAUUUUAAUAUCUGAGAAUAAUCAAAUUAAGGAUAUAAACUUCCCAUUCUUUCUGUUAUGACAGAUCAAAGCACAGAAAGGACAACCCUUGAAAUCAUGCAACGUUGGUCAUUUCAAUUUUUUGUACCUAUUUUAAAUUCUGUUAGUGUAUUUACUUCAUUGUAAAUAUUUUUGAGGGUACCUUUGUAUUUUGCUUUUGACCUUGGUUCUGUGGUUUGGAUGUCAACAACUUCCCUAAAAGCACCAGUAUGUUAAGUUCUGAUGUCAUGAUCCCAAUAUGGGUUAUUCAUCUUUAAUCCUGUUUUCAGUCUCUAUGUGUACAGCCGUAUUUUUAAUAAAGAAUUACAGAGAA